AUGGAUGCCAUGCGCCAUUUCCUCUCCAUCACAGAUAUCACGCCCGAGGAAACCCGUGCGUUGAUUCAGCGUGCCAUCGCGAUGAAGGCAACACCUCCUGGGAGUAUGCAACCACUGGCCGGCAAGCGCAUUGCGCUGCUGUUUGAAAAACCUUCCCUUCGCACCCGCGUCAGCUUCCAGAUUGGCAUUGCCGAGCUGGGCGGGUACAGCAUGUACCUGGGGCAGGAUGAGGUUGGCCUCGGGCAGCGCGAGCCCGUCUCCGAUGUGGCCAGGGUGCUCAGUGGAUACGUCGAUUGCAUCAUUGCGCGGGUCAACUCCCAUGCGUCGUUGGAAGGACUGGCGGAGUACGGCUCCGUGCCAGUGGUCAACGCCCUCUCCGACCGGGAACACCCCUGUCAAACCAUGGCCGACCUGCUUACCAUCUGUGAAACCCACGGUAGCACCGACGGCCUCAACCUGGCCUAUAUCGGCGACGGCAACAAUGUUGCCCGCAGCCUGUGUCUGGGCGCCCCGGCGGUGGGUAUCAACGUGUCCAUUGCCGCUCCCCACGGGUACCAGCUGGAGGAAUCCACCCUCGAUGCCGCCAGCGAGCGCGGCACCCGCCUGGACGAUGGCGUCCGGCCAACCGUCCAUCCGCUGGUGCGCCCGUCUGACGCGGUAAUCGACGCCAACGUGGUGUAUACCGACGUUUGGACCAGCAUGGGCGAUGAGGCGGAAUCGCAACAGCGGCGGCGCGCCUUCCAGGGCUACACGGUCGACGACGCGCUGAUGGCGCAGGCCGCGCCGGGAGCCUGCUUCAUGCACGACAUGCCCGCCCACUACGGCGAAGAGGUGCCCGAAGGAAUGCUGGAGCACCCGCAAUCGGUCGCCUACCAGCAGGCCCACAACCGCCUGCACGCCCAGAAGGCCGUGCUGGAAUUUCUGCUGUCCUGA